UCCGUCAAUCAACCAACCAACCACCAACAAAGAAAGUUCUCUCUCUCAAAUCACGCCGUUCGCCUCCGAUCUUUCUCUCUCCGUCUCCACGCUUACGGAGAAGUUGCCCUGUUUCCUUUCCCCGAUUCCGAUCGGCAGUCGUCCUCCGCCUAAUCAGAUUCCGGCGAUAAUGGCUGAAGCAAACGCUAAUCCCGCAACUCCUGCUCCACUGACGAAAGAGGAGGAGGAGAGGCUGAAAUACUUGGAAUUUGUGCAAGCAGCAGCUCUUCACGCUCUGGUGACGUUCACGAACCUCUACGUCUACGCCAAGGACAAGGCGGGUCCGUUGAAGCCUGGCGUCGAGACCGUCGAAGGAACUGUUAAGACCGUGGUUGGCCCUGUUUAUGAUAAGUUCCAGGACGUUCCCAUUGAAGUCCUCAAGUUCGUUGAUCGCAAGGUAGACGAAUCUGUUACUAGCAUCGACCGGCGCGUGCCACCAGUUGUUAAGCAAGUGUCGGCCCAAGCAUUCUCGGCAGCACAGGCUGCCCCGGGAGCUGCACGUGCUGUGGCCACCGAGGUGCAGCGAUCUGGUGUGAAGGAGACCAUGACAGGGUUGGCGAAAACCGUCUACACCAAGUACGAGCCAAAGGCGAAGGAACUGUACACCGUCUACGAGCCUAAAGCCGAGCAGUGUGCUGUCUCUGCCUGGCGAAGGCUCAACCAGCUCCCCCUCUUCCCUCAGGUGGCUCAAGUGGUUGUCCCGACGGCUGCUUAUUGGUCCGAGAGGUACAACGAGACUGUGGCCAGCACUGCUGAGAAAGGUUACAAGGUCUCUUCUUACUUGCCUCUCGUGCCUACUGAGAGGAUUGCCAAGGUGUUCAGUGAUGAUACUGCAGCUCCACGAUUGGUUUCUAACUGAAAGGUUGUCAAGAUCCUUCCUUUGGAGUGUGAACGUGGGUUGAAGAGAGACAAAGAAGGGUUUAUGCUUAUGUCUUGUUUUAGUUUAUGCUCUUUGUUUUGUGAAGAAUGAAUGACCUUUGUGGUCUUGUUACAGUGCUGGAGUUGGUUCUGUUAGCUUUUUAGUUCUGUUAGUGGAACUCUGAAAGACUCCUGUUUUCAUGUGAAGAAUCGUUGAAUACAAUGGAAGAUUGUUGUCGUGUUAGCUCAAUUCUUGAGGUUUGUCACUUUGAUGAUCA